AUGAUGUGUUGUGAAAACACAUCCCCUGAAACAUGUAAAUUACAUUAUUGUGUUAUUGAAUUUGAUAAACCAAUUAAAAUGGAUACUUUUAUUGGAACUGAAGAAGAAAUGAAUGUUCCAAUAAAUACAUCACAAAAACUAGAAGUCAGUGAUACUAAAAUAUUUAAAGAAGCUGUUGAAGCUGAUCCAUUAACAGUACUUAGUCAAGAGAAUUGUAGAUUAUUAUGGAAGUAUAGGUAUUUAGUUGAAAAAACAAAACCUGGGUCAUUAGCGAGGUUAGUUUCUGCUGUUGAUUUUACUCAA